CUUGCACUGUGUAAUGACCACUGCCAUCCAGGUUGCAGCAGAAAGAAGAAAGAAGGGGAGCCAUUUUGUUGUUAUGAUUGUGUUUCAUGUCCAGAUGGGAAGAUUUCAGACCAGAAGGAUAUGGAUGACUGUUUCCAAUGCCCAAAAGAUAAGUUUGCAAACAAAAACAGAGACCAAUGCCUUCCUAAAGUCAUAAACUUCCUCUCUCUCUCAGAACCUUUGGGAAUCACUUUAGCUUCUUUGAUUUUAUCUUUUUUUCUAAUCACAGUUUUUGUGCUUGGAAUUUUUAUUAAGCAGAGGAACACUCCCAUUGUCAAAGCUAACAAUAAGAACCUCACCUACCUUCUGCUCAUCUCCCUAAUGCUCUGCUUCCUCUGCUCCUUGCUAUUCAUAGGCCAGCCUAACACAGUCACCUGCUAUGCAAGACAAAUGGCUUUUGGCAUCAUCUUCUCAGUGGCUGUUUCUUGUGUAUUGGCAAAAACUGUAACUGUGGUCCUAGCUUUCAUGGCCACCAAGCCAGGAUCAAGGAUGAGGAAAUGGGUGGGGAAAAGACAGGCCUACUCCAUUCUUCUUGGUGGCUCUCUUAUUCAAACCAUGAUGUGUGUUAUAUGGCUAUGUACUAUUCCUCCAUUCCCAACCUUUGACAUGCACUCUCUGCCUGAAGAAAUCAUAGUGGAAUGUAAUGAGGGGUCGGUCAGUAUGUUUUAUUGUGUCCUGGGUUAUCUGGGAUGCCUGGCCAUUGUCAGCCUAACUGUGGCUUUCCUAGCAAGAAAGUUGCCGGAUAGUUUCAAUGAAGCCAAGUUCAUCACUUUCAGCAUGCUUGUGUUUUGUAGUGUUUGGUUGUCCUUUGUUCCCUCUUACCUGAGCACCAAGGGAAAAUACAUGGUGGCUGUGGAGAUCUUCUGCAUCUUGGCGUCUACUGCUGGGUUACUGGGUUGUAUUUUUGCCCCUAAAUGCUACAUAAUUAUCUUGAGGCCAGACUUAAACACCAAGGAACACCUAAUAAGGCAGAAUAUGUAG